AUGUUUGCUAAAAAUAUUAGGAAGAAUUUUGCUGCAAAGACGGUUUCUAACCUACAAGAUGUCACAAAAUCUACUGAAAUUGAAGGUCGACGAAUAAUUCAUAUAGAAACACUUGCAAAUCAAUUGUUUUGUCGAAAAUGUGAAUCAGUUCUUUCCCUCACGAAAAUUACAAAGGAAAUACGAGUUGGCUUGGCUUCGAAAUUUUAUAUCGAGUGCCUUUCGUGUAAAGUUGUCAAUGAAGUUUGUUCUGACAAACAACACGAUGUUAAUAAUCAAAACAAGCAUUUCGAUACAAACACAAAAGCAGUGAUGGACGCUAACCUUCAAGUCGGUAUUGUAAUUGCGGAUAAUGACAGCAGUUCAAUUUGUGCUAUUCGAAAUGCCAGUGAACACGAAGUUGUAAAACAAGCGGAUAAAAAUCACACAAGUAAAGGAGUAGUAAAUGAAUUAUAUAAAAUUCAGAAAAAACACAAAGAACUCACGGCUGUUACUAUUAAAUAUCUUCAAAGAUGUUUUAGUUAUUGUGUGUCACAAAAUAAAGGGAAUAGUCGAAAUAUGGCAGAGGCUAUUAAAAACAUCCCACACCAUUGCUUUAACGACCACGUUAAUUGCGGCACUUGUCGCCGUCUAUUUUUAAAAAAGAACAAGACUGAACUUCGAAAUAAGAAAGAAGGUAGAGAAGGAACGACAUAUGCAACUGACUGUGGACUUUUUGAAAGGCUACCUGUUUCACUUCCUAUUGCGGUUAUUGAUGAGAAAUUACAACCAAUUGUGGUUUUAUUUGAUUUGGAGACAGGAGGUUUCUCUAAAACGGAUGAUAUUUUGCAGAUAGCUGUAAAAUGUGAACAAUUAGAAUUUUCGGUCUAUAUCAAACCAACACAACGCAUGAAAGAAGAAGCAAGUGCUGUAAAUGGUCUACGUUGUAUUGACGGAAAUUUGUAUCUUAAUAAUCAAAUUGUUUUGUCGAUUUCCUUGAAGGAUGCAAUGGAAGCACUCUAUCAGUUUAUGUUUAAUUUUCACAGAAAAUGUGUAUUAACUGCACACAAUUGUAAAUUUGAUUAUCCGAGGUUAAUGAGAGCAAUAAAAAAUGUUGGUAUGAGUGAGCAUUUCCGUUCAGUUGUCGACGGUUUUUCAGAUACGCUUCCUAUUAUAAGGAAAAGGACUGGUAAGAAGGGAAAAGGGAAAAAUAAGUUAGAAGUGCUUGCUGAGGAUUUACAACUCAAAACUGAAGGAGCGCAUAAUGCUCUCAUUGAUGUCAUUCUAUUACAGCAAGUUUUGGAAAAACUCCAAAUUUCAAAUGAAAAAAUUCUUGAGUUUACUCUGCCCUGGAAUGAAGUUGAAAAAAGAGAUUCCCUUGCAUCUAAAUUAUCCAGCGCUAUGAAAGAAUUGGGUCCUUUGAAUCAGUGUGUAUCAUACGCCAUAAGAAAGAAGAUGGUCACAGCCGAUGUCUCGUAUGACAUGCUUCAAACAGCAUUCCGACAAAAUGGAUUUAAUGGCCUUUCCGAUAUUUUGAGAAAGGAUGAAAAUGACAAUGUUCGAGUCACGAAAUGCCAUUCUGUUAUAAAAAAAAUUUAUGAUUUUUUAAAGUCAAGAUAA